GUGGAUGCAAUUUAUUGGCUUCUCAGUGCUGUCGCUAAAGUCACAACCCUGACUGUAGCCUGCACUGCCUCUACCAGUGUAUGUCUGUAGCUGCUGCUGCUGCCGCUGCUGCUCUCCCUCCCCCUUAAAUGGUGUGGGCAGAGUGGGAUGGAAGACUGCAUUGGAAACCUUUUCAUGGAAAUGGUCUUUGCUGUUGGUAUUGCUGUAGCACCAUUCUGGUGACAACAACAUGCCGUUAAAAUGGAAAAGCGGUUCUCCUGUCAGCUGGAAAUUCCCAGUGCCAGUUCUUAAGACAUCCAGGUCCUCACCCCUUUCGCCUGCCUACAUAUCCCUCGUGGAGGACGACGACGCUCACAUGAAAGUUGCUCUGGGCUAUGGUGAUAUGGGCAUCUCUGCUCACCUACAGGCAUCAAAGACAGGAAACACUCGAUUUUUCACAAGCAACACACACAGCUCAGUGGUUCUUCAGGGAUUUGACCAGCUGAGGAUAGAAGGUUUACUAUGUGACGUCACACUGGUGGCUGGGGACGGCGAUGAAGCUUUCCCUGUACACCGUGCCAUGAUGGCCUCCUCCUCCGACUAUUUCAAAGCCAUGUUCACAGGUGGAAUGAAAGAACAGGAUUUAAUGUGCAUCAAGCUUCAUGGAGUUAACCGAAUAGGCCUGAAGAAGAUCAUUGACUUUAUCUACACAGCCAAGUUGUCACUCAACAUGGAGAAUCUGCAAGACACACUCGAGGCAGCCAGUUUCUUACAAAUCCUUCCUGUGCUGGACUUCUGCAAGGUUUUUCUUAUAUCUGGGGUUUCUCUUGACAACUGUGUUGAGGUGGGGCGCAUUGCCAACACGUAUAACCUCACAGAGGUGGACAAAUAUGUCAACAACUUUAUCCUAAAGAACUUCCCCUCACUGCUCGGCACAGGAGAGUUUGUCAAGCUACCAUUUGAACGGUUGGCUUUUGUACUGUCCAGCAACAGCUUGAAACACUGCACUGAGUUGGACCUGUUCAAGGCUGCUUGCCGCUGGCUACGCUACGAAGAUGGCCGUAUGGACUAUGCCCCAAAGCUCAUGAAGAACAUUCGCUUUCCCCUUAUGAACCCACAGGAGCUCAUCAAUCAUGUGCAGACAGUGGACUUUAUGCGCACGGACAACACCUGUGUCAACCUUCUCCUGGAGGCUAGCAACUACCAAAUGAUGCCCUACAUGCAGCCAGUUAUGCAGUCAGAACGGACAGCCAUCCGCUCAGACAGUGCCCACCUGGUCACCCUGGGUGGUGUCCUGCGCCAGCAGCUAGUUGUGAGUAAGGAGCUGCGUCUUUUUGAUGAGAAGGCUCAUGAGUGGAAGGCGCUGGCACCCAUGGAUGCACCCCGCUACCAACACGGCAUUGCAGUCAUCGGCAACUUUCUCUAUGUGGUGGGUGGCCAAAGCAAUUAUGACACCAAAGGCAAGACAGCAGUGGACACCGUGUUCCGGUACGACCCUCGCUACAACAAGUGGAUGCAAGUGGCAUGCCUUAAUGAGAAACGCACCUUCUUCCACCUCAGUGCACUCAAGGGACACCUCUAUGCUGUCGGUGGAAGGAACGCUGCCGGGGAGCUUGCUACUGUGGAAUGCUACAACCCAAGGACAAAUGAAUGGACAUAUGUUGCCAAAAUGAAUGAGCCACAUUAUGGCCAUGCUGGGACGGUGUAUGGUGGUUAUAUGUAUAUUUCAGGGGGAAUCACUCAUGACACUUUUCAGAAGGAGCUGAUGUGCUUUGACCCAGAUGCGGAUAAAUGGACUCAGAAAGCACCCAUGACGACAGUGCGCGGCCUUCACUGCAUGUGCACAGUGGGCGACCGUCUUUAUGUGAUCGGGGGCAAUCACUUCCGGGGCACCAGUGACUACGACGACGUGCUGAGCUGCGAAUACUACUCCCCCGCCCUCGACUUGUGGACACCUAUCGCCGCCAUGUUGCGAGGGCAGAGCGAUGUGGGCGUGGCCGUGUUUGAGAAUAAAAUCUAUGUGGUGGGCGGCUACUCGUGGAACAAUCGCUGCAUGGUGGAAAUAGUACAGAAGUACGACCCUGAGAAAGACGAAUGGCACAAAGUGUUUGAUUUACCCGAGUCGCUGGGCGGGAUCCGAGCCUGCACACUCACAGUUUUUCCCCCUGAGGAUAUUUCGGGCUCGCCCUCCAGAGAGUCGCCCCUCUCAGCACCUUGAUGAGUAAAGGGGGGGAGCCCUAUUUUGCUCAUACCCCCGUAACCCAUUGCCCACUCAACCCCCUCAACACACCUUAUAGACAUUGUUUGCACUUCCUCUUUGGAUUACAUCUGUACUGCAUCCCUAAGUACUCCCCAAGUCCACCUCCCCUAAAGCUGUGCAGAAACCCCUUCCUAAGUGAUUAAAUCUACAUACCGAUACGGUUUGGCAACCUAAUUACAUGUUAAUGUUGCAUACUCGGUAUAUUUUGGCAGGAAAUACCUUGACUUGAAAAGUGACUUUGCAAAUCAACUUUUCUACCUGAUGUCUACCAAGUUUUCUUAUGUCUCGUUUCUUUAGGUGUUCUACCUUGAGAUGUUGACUACCACACUGACUCUUCUAGUCUAUGCCAGGUUAGAUGCAGGUGACCCCAGAGAGCAGAAGUGUAGGGACAGGUGAGCUCCAAAACAAAGCUGGUUUUUAACUCAGGGGUUGGCCCAGGCCCCAUCUACGUCUCUCUGUGUCUCUUACAGUUUCACUUCUUUCCUGCUAUUGCUAUGAAACUGUUAACAAAAUGGUGUUUUCUAAAUUUAAUAAACAUGAUUUUGAAAGUAA